AUGUUCCUCUUCUCUCGGAAGACCAAAACCCUCAUCAGCACCUACAGUGACUCCUACAGAGCUCCUACCUCUAUCAAGGAGGUCUAUAAGGACCCACCUCUGUGGGCCUGGAAGGCCAACAAGUUUGUGACCCCAGAUCUGACUCAGACCAUGCACUGCCACAUGGAUCCUGAAGCCCUGCAGAAGAUGGUCAAAUAUGCUGCAGAGGAUUAUACCUACAAGAGGUCCAUAUCAGGCCACCCUUACUUGCCUGAGAAAUACUGUCUCAAUCAAGAUGAAGGUAGUAAAUGUUGUACAAGCUACCUGGGCAGUGACCAGUACAACACAUGGAGGACAGGACCUUACAACAGCUACUGGAACAAGUAUUCCACCUGCCUUCCCUGACUACCUAAGGAUGCCGGGAUGGAGACAGUAAUGCGAGGAAUGCCUUUGGAGUAUGGUCCUAAACCAGAGCGCCUCAAUGCCUACGAGCGCGAAGUAGUGGACAUGCUGAACUCGCUGUCCCAGAACCGGACGCUGCCACAGAUCGCACCCCGUUACGGGUGCGAGGACCCUCUGCCCCGCCGCCUGCCAUUCCACGGUUACGAUAGUGCUUGCUCCCGCCGCCACUACUGUCUGCGCGUGAUGGACUACUGCACCACCGGGGAGCCUUGCAGCGAACUCUGCAGGCGACCUUUGUGCUCUGAGCAGCCGACUGUAAGGAAUGCCUUGCCCUAUGAUCACCGGCCGGAAAUGCAAUAUGCAGUUACAACUCUCCUGCCAUUGUACUACCCAUUUCCCAACCUUAGAUGGGACACACGUCACUUCAAGAAGACUGGUGGUCCCCAGAGAAACAACUAUGUUGUCCAUCCUGAGUUUGUGUCUGAGACCUAUCCUGUCUACCAUUUGUGAUAAAGCCUUGGCCAGGCCAAGGGAGCGAAGCAAUAAACU